AUGCCUCGUGAGCGAAAGGUCGCAAGGUGGAAGGAACAUCGGACCGAAGCAGAUGACGUCACCGCUGUGAACAUUACUGCCGUGCAGAGCCCCCCCCCCACCACCUUCGCGCACGGCAGCAUACCCUUCUCCUCGUCACCACAAUCAAAGCGACGAAGUCGAACUAACAAGAUGCCUUCGCAAGUUUCGUCGACGAGCGACGUCAUACUCUACUUCCUCGCCAUAUUUAUACCGCCAAUUCCAGUCUUCAUGAAACGCGCGUGUGGAGCUGAUCUUCUAAUUAACAUCCUGCUAUGGAUCCUGGGUUGGAUCCCUGGCGUGCUGCACGCUUGGUAUAUCAUUUCCAAGAGUGAAGGAGCAAUGUGA